GCCUCCUUCGCUUUCCUGCGCUCGUCUCUGCGCCCCAAACCCUAACCACCUCCCCCCGCCCGAGCAGAUCCUCCCGCCGCUCCCCUCUUCGAUUGGGGCGGCGCGCGCGCGAGCCUCCCCCUAAUGGCGACGGAGGACGCGCAGGUGGAGGUCGAGCGCCGCCUGCGGGACAUCGGCGCCCGCCUCGCCUCGCUCCCGGGCACCAACAAGGACCUCCUCUCCCUAAUCGAGGAAGCAGAAGUCUGGCUGUCCAGGGUGGACCAGUCGCCGCCCACGAGCAUGCACAACGCCCUCAAGCCCACCAUGGACUCUCUGGUGAACAAGCACCUACUGGACCACCCUUCCCAGGGCAUCCAGGUCGCCGUCGCCUGCUGCUUGACCGAGGUUACCAGGAUCACCGCACCGGAACCCCCCUACUCGGAUAGUGUCAUGAGGGAUGUGUUCACGGUAGUUGUGCAGUCUUUUGCCAAGUUGGACGAGACGGAGAGCCCCUUGUUUGCAAAGAGGCUUUCCAUGCUCGAAACCAUCGCAAAGGUGCGGUCCUGCGUCCUCAUGCUGGAUCUUGAUUGCGACGACCUCAUACUCAAAGCGUUCAACCAUUUCUUCAGCACCGUAAGCUCAGCACAUCAAGAAAACGUCAUCAACUCUAUGGAAACAAUAAUGAUGUAUGUAAUUCAAGAGAGCGAGCCUGUCCAUCCAGAUCUGGCAUCCUGCGUCCUUCAGUAUCUUAAAAAGGAAAAGAAAGAUUCUCUUCCAGCAUCUUUUAUGCUUGCAGCGAGGCUAGUUGGUCUAUGUCGUGACAAGUUAAAGCCAGCGUUUAUUGAGCUACUUCAGGGCACUCCUUUAAAUGACUAUAGCGAAGCUGUUGCAUCUUUGGUAGAAGAUUCUUCAGAUGAUGGAAGAGAUGACGAAGUUGAUGCUGCUGAAGAGGACACGGUAGCUGUCAAUAAAUCAUCUCCGGUGGCUGUUUCAGACGAGUCACCUCAGGAAUCUUCAGGAUUAGAGAAAGGUGUCGAUUCCCCCGGACAAGAUGGAAGUCCUCCACACAGUACUCCUGCAGCUUCGUUGAGCAAUGGUGGUGCUUCAGUCGACAAUGUGAAGCCUCGAAAUGGACCAGCUUCUUCUAAACAGAAGCCUGAAAUGCCUUCUGACGUCAAGCAGACAGAAGUUUCUGAUGAAGUAAUAUCUGAUGACAAGGAAGCACCAGAACCAGUGACCACGGAGCCUGAAAAGCGAUCUAGUGUCAGUUCAAAGAAGAGCCGUAAGCUUCGCACUUCCACUGAGUCGAAGGUGACUGAACGUUCUAAGGUUGUUAGUGACAAUGAGGGCCUUGUUGCAUCUGGGGAGUUGUCUCCAGGGACAAAAGUUGGUAAUAAUAAGCGGGCGCUAGAAACUUGCAAUAGAGCUGCUGAUGACACACCAAAGCAUGAUGAUAGUACACCUGCUGUAGAUAAACCAAAGCGAGGUCGACCUCCUGCAGUGAAGUCGCAGGAAAAGAAACCUGUUGGUAAGAACCAAGGAUCAGGUCUAGAAUCUAAAGAAGUCCGCUCUGGCAGCACUUCUGGAGGAAGACCUGCAAGACGACUGACUAAAGAUAUCAAAUUAUCACCAAGGAAGACUGGUGAAGAAGAAUUUUCAAAGAAGCAACCAAAGGGAAGUUCAAAUCCGCGGAAAGAAGACACCCUCUCUGAUGAAGACACUGAUGAAGAUCUCAAUUUGAAGGAAAUGGUAUCUCCUAAAUCAUUGGCCAAGACGGGGAAAACCAAAGGCCAAGCAAGUGACAGUGGAGUAUCAAAAAGGAAACGCGUGCAGGAAGUUGAAGAGGUUCCUCAGUCAAAGAAGAACAAAGUUUUGGACGAAAGCCUUGUUGGCUCAAGAAUCAAAGUAUGGUGGCCUGAUGACAAAAAGUUCUAUGAUGGCGUUGUUGACUCAUUUAACGACUUUUCAGAAAAGCACAAGGUUGUGUAUGAUGAUGGUGAUGUUGAACAACUGCAACUUUCAGACGAAAGAUGGGAAUUCAUUGAUAAGGGGCAAGACAUGAAGCCCAAUGCAACAUCUGAUAUGCCUCGUGGAAGAAGAGGUAAAGGGAAUUGGGGUCAGCAGACAAAAGAAGGAAAGGCAGAAACACCUAAGAGUAGCAAACAGGACAGCAUUGAGGAUAGCGAUCUUCCCAAGAAAAGAGGGCGUCCAAAGGGUGUGCGUUCCAGCAUGUCAAAUGAUGAUACCCCUGUGACUUCGGCCAGAUCGAAGGCGAAAAAUGCAGAAAAGGAUGCUGAAGAAACACCUAAAGCUGGCAGCAACCUUAAAACUGAAGGAGGGAGAUGGCCUCGAUCCUCUGGCAAGGCAGGCAACAAGGAUGAGGCUGGCAGCAAGCACAAGGGUUCAAAUGGUCUUUCAACCAAAAGAAAGCCAAAGGAGAAAGAAGUGGAGUCAUCUGAAGAGGAAGAGCCGGAACCAGAGCCCGAGUCUGCUAAAGCAUCAACUGGGAAGAAGCGCAGAAGAAAGUUUGCCUGAACGUGCAGCUCUGAUUGACAGUCCACCCUAAACUGUCUGCCCAGUCUCUUAGGUGUUGGUGGCAUGAGGCAAGCUGCCAUGUGUUGGCUGAUUCAACAUUCUCAACCAGCUAGUAGUUGCUGUAGCCAGUCUCUCUCAUUAGUAGCUGUAAUGUUAGGCGUUACUUUUGUUGCUUGUUGUCGGCUUCGAAACCUUUGGAAGAAUGGAUGUUCAUGCUUGCUGUGGUUCAAGCUUUUUUUUCUAUUGUGUUGUGAUGUAGUUGGGCUACUCUAGGUUUAGGAAGUGAUUUUUGUAGCACGUAUCAUCAAGUAGUAUGAAUGGAAAGCAUGGAAGGGAGUUGCCCAACUUCA